CCUGUGAGUAGGCGUGUGGGGAUAGUGUGUGUUGAUUGGCCUGGUUGCCUGUCAGUCUGGUUGGUAGUCUGUCUAUCUGUCUGUCAGUCCGCAUGUCUGUCCACUGCAUUCGCGUGUGCUGCUCAUGAGCAUUGUUUGUCCAUUUGAGUGUCUGUAGCUCGUUAUCAUUGCAUUGCGAUCGACUGCUCAUGUUUGUCCGUGCCGUGGACCAACGCGUGUGUGGCCCCCGGCGCAUCGUUACGCAUCAAUCAAUCUUCUUUGCUCAAAGGAGGCACUCGGGACGGUCACUCGCGACAGAUCCCGCCCUCAAGUAACGCACCCCGCCCCGUCGACCCUCUCUACACACCCGCCAGGCUGUCCGUCGUGAGCCUCAGGCAAACACUAAAGGCCAAGACGACAAGAAGACCCCCACAUCCGGAUGGUGGCACCUUCAACCGGUUUCCGGUUCCCUUUGACGAGCUGCGCGGCUGGAUGGUGCGGAAGGAUCCUAUCGCGCCCAACGACCCCGUGGAGCGCGAGAAGUGCAUCGUGUGCGGCAAGCUGCCGCCGGCUGGAAAGAAGCACUUCAUGGUUUGCGACCGCUGUGUGCGGGAGCUCAGUCCGCACUACUGCAGCGAGGCGUGUCUGCGGCAGCAUUUCAACAAGAAGAAGCACACGCGCGCCUUCUGCGAGAGGACUCGACAGAUCUACGACUCCAUCCCUUUGCGCGGCAACUCGGCGGCAUGCAAAUAUGUGCUGCAGUGGAUGGAUGAAGACACCUUCAUGAAGCACCAGCGGUGAAAGCAGAAGGCGAUUCUGGCGGAGAUCGACAGCCACGGGGAGCCGAUCAUUAGUAUUGGUCUGAGUAUUGACAGCUUCGCCACAGGCCGCACCUACUGCACCGUCUCUCUAUCGAGCCUGUCCAAGCCCGGACAUGAAAAUCGUGCCCCUGUGUCAGACACUGGAGCAAUCGUCUACCCUUACCUCGGGCAGGUGACCUACUCGUCAUUUGUUGUAGCCCCAGUGACUGACGGCGGCCUUCAGCCCAUCCACCUGCUGAGCGACGAGAUGCUCGAAAUGAUGGACAUCCGGAGUGUGGACGUGGUGCACAAGACCAUCUACGACCUGCUCAGCCGUCAGCCUCCUCUCUUCCCCGCCUAUCGCUGAUAGCCAC